AUAGAACAUUUACCGGCAAAGUUCUAAAUCGAACCUCAAUUAGGCAUCCGUUUUCUUAGAUUACCCAAAAGGCCAAAACAUUUGUGGUUAAGUGCUCAAGUUCAGAUCUAUAAUCAGGAACAGAAAGAUGAGGGUUUUUUCAUUCACACAGUCAAAGCACUUGCACUUUUCCUCCUCCCAAAUUGCACCAAUUCCGAAUAAUCUUCCAAUCAUCAAAGAUAAUACUCACAAUUUAAGUUUAAACCCAAAUCAAUUUAAUCCCAUUUCAACCCAGAAAACCAUCCAAUUACCCUCAUUAUCAGUUAAUUCAUCAAAAAAUCCCAAUUCACCCAUAACCCAACCAUUAGUUGUAGUGGGAUCAGCAAAUGCAGACAUAUACGUGGAAAUUGACAGACUCCCAAAAGAAGGGGAAACAAUUUCAGCCAAAUCUGGGCAAACUCUUGCAGGUGGGAAAGGUGCAAAUCAGGCAGUUUGUGGGGGUAAACUUUCAUACCCAACUUAUUUUGUUGGGCAAGUGGGUGAAGAUGCUCAUGGUAAAUUGAUUACAGAAGCAUUACAAGGAGGUGGUGUUUACUUGGAUCAUCUUAGGAAUGUGAGUGGGGCUCCUACUGGCCAUGCUGUGGUCAUGCUUCAAUCAGAUGGUCAAAAUUCCAUCAUUAUUGUUGGUGGUGCUAAUAUGUGUUGCUGGCCUCAUCAAAUUGAUGAUCGGGAUUUAGAGAUUGUUAGAAAUGCAGGCAUUGUUCUUCUGCAAAGGGAAAUCCCUGAUUCUGUCAACAUUCAAGUUGCUAAGGCUGCAAGAAAUGCUGGAGUUCCUGUCAUUUUGGAUGCUGGGGGAAUGGAUGCUCCUUUUCCUCAAGAGUUACUGCAUUCGAUUGAAAUUCUUAGUCCAAAUGAAAGUGAGCUUUCUCGUUUGACAGGGAUGCCUACUGAAACCUUUGAACAAAUUAGUCAGGCUGUCACAAAAUGUUAUGGAUUGGGAGUAAAGCAGGUCCUAGUUAAACUUGGGGCUAAAGGUUCCGCCUUAUUCGUGCAAGGAGAAGAACCCUUGAAGCAGCCCAUUAUAUCAGCUCCAAAGGUCCUCGACACAACUGGAGCUGGUGAUACCUUCACGGCUGCUUUUGCUGUUGCCUCUGUGGAAGGAAUGUCGAAGCAAGAAUGUCUGAGGUUUGCUGCUGCGGCAGCUUCGCUUUGUGUUCAAGUGAAAGGAGCCAUACCAAGCAUGCCUGAUCGUGAAUCUGUUUUAAAUCUUCUCCAGUCUCUUCGGUUUCCACAGUUGAUUAGAAUGGAAAUGGAAUUUUUUAAGGUGGCUUAGUGAAGGGUGGUAAAGCAUGGCACCCAAACGGGCUACUACAAUAAUAUCCGGAAUGGAAGUUGCAAAAGGAAAAGGACACUCCUGGUAUCCCGCACAAGGUAGGGUCCGGAUAGUUUUUUUUUUUCCUUUGGAAGCUGCUAAUUUAGGUUGGUUUGUUUUGGUAGAUCAGUCAGCAAUGCAUGUAAUAAGCUCGACGUGAAUGAAUGGAGUAAAAUGGCCUUGAAUUUGUUUUA